GAUCAAUAUCGCGAUCAAUAUCGGAUCAAUAUCGCGAUCGAUAUCGGGAAUCGAUCCCGCCCGUUCCCGCCCUCCCCACACGCGCCGGAACCGGAAAUACGUCACGCCGACUUCCGGCGCGGAGGCUCCAAGAUGGCGCGCUGGCGCUGAGGGGUUUGGGGCGGCGCUGCCUCCUGGCCCGGCUGGGGCCCGGCCCCACCCUGCACCAGGUGAUCCCGAUGGCAACGACGGCUCGGGAGGAAAUGCAGAGAUUUUGGGACAGGAACGCGCGGGCAGGGCGGCCCUUGUCCCCCCACGUCAGCAUCUACAAGUGGUCCCUGCCCAUGGCCAUGUCCAUCACUUCACUCUACCGCGGCACCGGUGUCGCCCUGAGCCUCGGUGUCUCGGUGUUUUCCGUGGCCGCUCUCCUGCUCCCGGAGCAUUUCCCUCAUUACCUGGCGCAGCUGCGGGCGCUGAGCCUCGGCCCCUCCCUCCUCUUCUCCGCCAAAUUCCUGCUGGUGCUUCCCGUCUGCUACCACACCUGGAACGGGAUCCGGCACCUGGCCUGGGAUCUGGGGAAGGGGCUGCGGCUGCCCCAGGUGACCCAGUCGGGGCUGCUGGUGCUGGCCCUGACCCUGCUCUCCUCCGCCGCCCUGGCCGCCCUGUGAGCCGCCAUUCCCGGGAUUCCUGCGAUUCCCAGAGCGAUUCCUGCGAUUCCCAGAGCGAUUCUGCCAUUCCCAGAGCGAUUCCUGCGAUUCCAGAGCGAUUCCUGCGAUUCCCAGAGCGAUUCCUGCCAUUCCCAGAGCAAUUCCUGCCAUUCCAGCUGCAAUUCCUGAAAUUCCAGCUGUGAUUCCCCACGAUUCCAGCUGCAAUUCCAGCAAUUUCAGCUGCGAUUCCUGCGAUUCCAGCUGCAAUUCCUGCGAUUCCAGCUGCAAUUCCAGCUGCAAUUCCUGAAAUUCCAGCUGCAAUUCCUGCGAUUCCAGCUGUGAUUCCAGCUGCAAUUCCUGAAAUUCCAGCUGUGAUUCCAGCGAUUCCAGCUGCAAUUCCUGAAAUUCCAGCUGCAAUUCCAGCUUCGAUUCCUGAAAUUCCAGCUGUGAUUCCCGCGAUUCCAGCUGCAAUUCCUGCGAUUCCAGCUGCAAUUCCAGCUGCUGCAAUUCCUGCGAUUCCAGCUGCAAUUCCAGCUGCAAUUCCUGAAAUUCCAGCUGCAAUUCCAGCUGCGAUUCCAGCUGUGAUUCCUGCAAUUCCAGCUGUGAUUCCCACAAUUCCAUCAAUUCCAGGAACAAUUCCAUCAAUUCCUGGAACAAUUCCCACCCUUCCAGGGAAGGUGACGCUUCCCGACCCCUUCCCCAGCCAAAAAAUCAAAUCCUGGGAUGAGCGGAGCUGUCCCCAGGGUGUCACCACGGUGUCACCAGGGUCACCAGGGUGUCCCCAGUGUCCCCAGGGUGUCCCCAGGGUGUCCCCACGGUGUCCCCAGUGUCCCCAGGGUGUCCCCAGGGUGUCUCCACGGUGUCCCCAGGGUGUCCCCAGUGCUGGGACAAUGCAGGAUCUGUGUCCCCACGAGUGGGAUUUGGAAUGGGGUGAUCGUGGUGUCCCCCCAGUGUCCCCAUGGUGUCCCCAGGGUGUCCCCAGGGUGUCCCCAGGGUGUCCCCAGUGUCCCCACGUGUCCCCAAGGCCAGGACAAUGCAGGAUCUGUGUCCCCACGAGUGGGAUUGGGAAUGGGGUGGGAUCUCAGCAGGACAAGGAGCUCCAUUGAGGCAGAGCCCCACGGGGGUGGGUGACAGGUGACAUCUCACUGCUGCCACCCCUGCUGCCACCUCCCUCAAUCCCGUGGCAAUUCCAUCAUUCAGCCAAUUCUGGAAGGAAAAAUUCCCCAAAAUGUUGAAACCUUCCCCCCUCCCAGUGAAAACUUCCCGCUGGGAAUGGGAUUUUUCCAGCUCUGGAAGAAUUAUUCUGGAAUAAAGCAGCUCUGAUCCUCCA